AUGUGCAGGAGGUUUACCUGCUGCCUGGUCCACAAAGAGCUCAGGCUGGGAGAGCCUCGGUACCUCAGCGGGAUGCUUAUUUACAAGGGGGAGAUCUGUCUGCUUGGUACUCGUUCCGACCGCAGGCCCCACUUUACUAAAGACGAAUUGGAGAGGAGACAUGAACAAUACCAAGGUUCACUCAUAUAUACUCUCUACUACGACGAUGAUGAUUUUGUCCGUGUUGGGAAGGAUGGCAAAUUUCUGGAGCAACCUCUAAGUAGAUUUAUGAGAGAUCAAUAUUUGGAUAUUAGUCAGAUGUACGCCAAAAUGGUAUUGCUCAAAGUACGAACGUCAUCUGUUCUUAAAGGUGACACUGAGAUCUUUCAGAAAAUAUGCAAAGCAAAGGGAGAGCCAAAGCACUAUCCUGUGGUGUACUUUGAGUCCUACAAAAGACUGAAUGGAAUACUUUACUUAAGCACACCUGCUGGAAAAUGGGAACAUGUCUGGAAUAAAUGUCCAAUCCAAGAAGAGAGGAAUGAGUCGCUCCAAAAACCUUUGGAUUAAAAUAAAAGUUAAUCAU